AUUCCUUCCACGCGCACGCACGGCAGACCCAAUCACACAAAGUAACGGGCGCGCACCCGCUGAGUAACGACAAGAUGGCGGGCCCCGCCGGAUCAGGCGUCAAAGUUCCCCGCAAUUUCCGGCUCCUGGACGAGCUGGAAGAAGGUCAGAAAGGUGUGGGCGAUGGCACAGUGAGCUGGGGUCUGGAGGACGACGACGACAUGACCUUAACACGGUGGAGAGGGGUGAUCCUCGGCCCUCCAAGGACCAGCUAUGAAAACAGGAUGUACAAUCUGAAGGUGGAAUGUGGGCCAGGAUACCCAGAGUCACCGCCGUUUGUCAGAUUUGUGACGAAGAUAAACUUGAAUGGCGUGCACACCUCCAACGGCGUGGUCGACAUGCAUGCAGUGACUGCGCUCUCCAAGUGGCAGAACUCCUACAGCAUCCGGAUGGUGCUGCUGGAGCUGCGACGGCUCAUGACGUGCAAGGAGAACAUGAAGCUUCCUCAGCCUCCGGAGGGCCAGAUCUACAGCAACUGAGCCCCCGAGCGACUUCAUGCCUCCGUCUUUUUCUCCCCGUUCCCCAACUCCCACCCUCCCACCCCGCCUUCUCUUUCUGUUCUUCUUUUAUCCCUUCAUCCCCGCCCUGCGCCAUCAGACAUUCCACCUGCUGCCGACGCCGUGGCUGAGCACACACACCGAACACAACUCACAGUUACACAUAUACAAGCGCACACAUACACACACACACACACAUGCAUACACACAUAAAUAUCUAAACACACAUGCAGAAUUACUGAGCGGUCAUGAAAGUCAUUCCAGGCCCUCCUCUCCUCCCUCCCAUCACUGGAGCUCUGGGUGGACACUCGAGUCGUGAGUCCACGCCAAUCAUUCGAAUACUGUACAUCUUACUAAUCUUUUUUUAUUAUUAUUUGUUAAAAAAUGCAGAUUGUACAAUAACAUAAAUAAUCUUAUUGAGUGUA